CCCAGAGGGGCUGCGAGGCGCCGGGCUACUGAGUCUGCAGCGCGGCAGGCUCGGGCUGACUCCCAGGCGGGCGAGCCUGUGCAGACCACCAAUGCCCGCCCAAGCCAGGGCGGGCGAGGGGGUCUGGAGCCUUGGGAAAGAAGAGGGCACGGAAUGGCCUCGGGGACCUUCUGGGCUGUGCGUGGCGUGGAGCAGAGGGCGCAGAGAGGAGCAGGCGGGUGAUGGGAAGUGCAGCUGACAGCAUAACCAUGUCUGGUAAAGAGCGCCGGUUGGUAAGACCAGAAUCACUUGUAACUGCCGGGCUGCAUUCCUCUCUCCCGCUCCGAAUACUAAAGGGUUUGCGGCAGAGAACGGCUUUUCCGCUUCGCUCGGGCCGUGGGCUGCCGCCGCGCCCCCGCGCUCGGUUGGAAGCUGAGAUCUGGGGCAGCAGCCUACGCCCCACCCGCAGAGUUCAGGCUCCGGUAUUUUCGGGUUGAGAUGGAGCCUCGGUGGUCGCUCGGCUGCACCCCAGGGGCAAAAGAGCUGGGUUGCGCCGGGGCCCACAGCAGCCGGGUAGGGGAGGGUUAAGGUGGCGCUCGCCGCCACUGCCAGCUGGUGGGUCUAGUCCUCCAGCGCGGAGCGCGCGGGGCGGAAUCCCGGCCGGAGCCCUGGGCGAUGGGAGAGGGCCCGGACCCUUCCCCGCCCAGGGGCAGAACGGAUUGGGCCGGCAGGGGGCCAGCCCGGAAGCCGGCUUCCUCCAGGCUCCCCCUCUCGCUGCUGCCAAGCUGCUUCGCUGGCUGAGCGUUCGUUCUGCACUCCCUGCUCAGGAAAUGUGAGAGAUUUUCUUUGGGGGAGAAAUCGUUGGUCAAGCACCUGCCCAGUUCAGAUGCCACCCCGCUCAGAGGGAAGCCUGCAGCCUAGGGAUCCCUGAGGAAGAGCAACGUCACACCUCCUGAGGACAGCCAGGAGGACUCUGGCUUUUGAUGAGCUUUGCAUCUUGCCUCCUUCCUUCCAAAGACUCCAGACUGAAGCUCAGCUGUCCUCAAGUCCUGCGUGCCCCUGGCCAGGCACACCACUGCCCCUCCAGCCCAGCCCAGCCCUGGAGCUCACCUCCAGGACCUGGAGCCUGCCCUCCUGCCCAGAAUGACUCACCAUUAUUUCUAGCUUGAGUGAGAAGAUGUGAUGGGGAAUCAGGCUGCCUGUUUGUGUAUCUAGGAUUCCUGAAGCAUCUGAUCAGCUCUGCAAGAGAGCUUCAGAUUCCUGCAUUGCCAGCCAAGCGAGGCUGUGUCUUGGGCUCUCAGAGAGCCCUCUGGGGCUCUCUUGCAGGAGCCCAGGCCAAUGCUUCUCUGUCUCCUGGGGCCGUAAGCAGCACCCUGAGCUCCUUGCCACCAGGCAGCUGGAAGGUGUAGCAGGAGGCACUUCUCUCAAUCUCAAUUAUGACAGUGGCCACUGGAGACCCAGCAGAUGAGGCUGCUGCCCUCCCUGGGCACCCACAGGACACCUAUGACCCAGAGGCAGACCACGAGUGCUGUGAGCGGGUGGUGAUCAACAUCUCGGGGUUGCGGUUUGAGACUCAGCUAAAGACUUUAGCCCAGUUUCCAGAGACCCUCUUAGGGGACCCAAAGAAGCGGAUGAGGUAUUUUGAUCCCCUCCGAAAUGAGUACUUUUUCGAUCGGAACCGCCCUAGCUUUGAUGCCAUUUUGUACUACUACCAGUCUGGGGGCCGGUUAAGGCGUCCUGUGAAUGUGCCCUUAGAUAUAUUCUCUGAAGAAAUUCGGUUUUAUGAGUUGGGAGAAGAAGCAAUGGAGAUGUUUCGGGAGGAUGAAGGCUACAUCAAGGAAGAAGAGCGUCCUCUGCCCGAAAAUGAGUUUCAGAGACAGGUGUGGCUUCUCUUUGAAUACCCAGAGAGCUCAGGGCCUGCCAGGAUUAUAGCUAUUGUUUCUGUCAUGGUGAUCUUGAUCUCAAUCGUCAGCUUCUGCCUGGAAACACUGCCCAUAUUCCGGGAUGAGAACGAAGACAUGCAUGGUGGUGGAGUGACCUUCCACACCUAUUCCAACAGCACCAUCGGGUACCAGCAGUCGACUUCCUUCACCGACCCUUUCUUCAUUGUAGAGACCCUCUGCAUCAUCUGGUUCUCCUUCGAAUUCUUGGUGAGGUUCUUUGCCUGUCCCAGCAAAGCUGGCUUCUUCACCAACAUCAUGAACAUCAUUGACAUUGUGGCCAUCAUCCCCUACUUCAUCACCCUGGGGACAGAGCUGGCUGAGAAGCCAGAAGAUGCUCAGCAGGGCCAGCAGGCCAUGUCACUGGCCAUCCUCCGUGUCAUCCGGUUGGUAAGAGUCUUCAGGAUUUUCAAGUUGUCCAGACACUCCAAAGGUCUCCAGAUCUUAGGCCAGACCCUCAAAGCCAGUAUGAGAGAGUUGGGCCUCCUGAUAUUCUUCCUUUUCAUCGGGGUCAUCCUUUUCUCUAGUGCUGUCUAUUUUGCAGAGGCCGAUGAGCGAGAGUCCCAGUUCCCCAGCAUCCCGGACGCCUUCUGGUGGGCAGUGGUCUCCAUGACAACUGUAGGCUAUGGAGACAUGGUUCCAACUACCAUUGGGGGAAAGAUCGUGGGUUCCCUAUGUGCAAUUGCAGGUGUGUUAACCAUUGCCUUACCGGUGCCUGUCAUAGUGUCUAAUUUCAACUACUUCUACCACCGGGAGACAGAGGGAGAGGAGCAGGCCCAGUACUUGCAAGUGACGAGCUGUCCAAAGAUCCCAUCCUCUCCUGACCUAAAGAAAAGUAGAAGUGCCUCAACCAUUAGUAAGUCUGAUUACAUGGAGAUCCAGGAGGGGGUAAACAACAGUAACGAGGAUUUUAGAGAGGACAACUUGAAAACAGCCAACUGCACUUUGGCUAAUACAAACUAUGUGAAUAUUACCAAAAUGUUAACUGAUGUCUGAUUGAAACCUAUUAACAUACAGCCCAAUGGAACUAAUGCAGAUAUUGCAUAAUAGCCUGCACUGUAGUCAGUUUGUUCCACAGUGUGUAUCUGGUUCUGCAUGGAAAGCAGUAGUCAUACAAGUGACUUUUGAUCUUCUGAUUUUUUAUUUGGAACACAGAAUAUCUAUCCGUGGCUUUCAUGCAAAUCUUCAUCACUGGCUUAGGGGUUUCCAAAGAUUGGAGUCACCUAUGGAGCCAGGAUUUCACAAAGACACAUUGAGGCCACCUCAUAUCAAAUAUAUAAUCCACCACAUCGGUACCACCUUACCUUCUGAACUAAAUGCACACAGUGUCUGGGAGAUGCAACCCACACCAUCAUCCCAUUUGAGCCCACCUGCCCUUCACAGAGGGAGACCAUGGUGGCUUAGAUUUAAAGCUCUGGUAAUUAUUCAAAAGGUCAUUCCCAUUUUUGCGUUGAAAAGAACACAUAGUCCUGUAUGUUGGAAUUACUUUCUGUGUCACAGGCUGGGGUUUGUGAAUUGCAGUUGCCAAGUAGAUGCUCUGGAGGCUUGUGUUUCAUAACGGAAAAUGCUGCAUUUGGUUUUUUUCUCUGCAGUGUCGAUAUGAGGGAACCCUGGGGGAGGGACAGUUUGUAUGACCAAAUGUGGGUUGUUAAGUUUCACAUUUGCUCUCUUAGGCCUGAUGGGAGAAGCUAUCAAACCAAGGGACCUCUCAGCUUCAGAUUUCACCAUUUUCACAGGCUUCAGGGUCACAAAAACAUGACUGAUUUCUUCGUGACACUGGAGUUUGCAGAGAGAGCUGCUUUCCUAGUGCUGUGGCCCAGCUACACUGACACUGCAGUGAAACUUACCAGCGAUGCGAUAGAGCUGCAUGGGUGUUUGUUGCAUGAAUCUCAAUAUUUAAAACACAGGAGAUAGCCUAUUUUCUAAGUAGCCUACACAGUAUUCAUAUUUAGAGUAUUAAUAGCCUAGGAAUGGCAGUGAACUAAGGAUUUAUCCCCCCAGCGGAAGACAGGAGAAAAAAAUAGACUAUUUGGAAUGGGGAACCAAACCGCUGGCCCUCCAGUCCACUCCAUCCCCAUUCUUCCAAAUUGGGGCACAGACCUCUGCAAGUCAGGAGAGUGAGCAGGGGAAGCAGUGUCUAAACACCUCACAUGGCAGCACCUUAAGAAUUAACCUGGUCAUGGGCAUGACUGCACAGCUGACCAGGGUAUCUGGUCCUGAGGACAGGCAGAUCUGUGGAUCCAGUGUAUAUAAAUAUAUAUCAGUAUCUCUUUCACAAGUUCCUCUACCUUGCUAGCUAUAGAAAAAAAUGCAUUUGAACCUUGUAAAAGCUUAUGCAAUAUUUUUGACACAGGGCAAUUUAUGCAUGUGUUUACGUGCA